CUACAAUUCCCAGUGCUCUGAUUCGUGUCUUCGGUGGGUUGGCAACCAUUGUUCGUUCCCCAUCCUAGUCCUAAUCCGGGGGCGAUUCUAGGGUUAGGUUGGUCGCCAUCCUUCCUCCUGAAGGUGCAGUCCUGAUCCGUGGUCACCAGCGAUUUUAGGGUUUUGAUUUUAGGAUUUUAGCGAUUUUAGUAGUUUUUUUUUUUUUGAGUUGUAGUUGCUGGUUUACCUAUUUAGGCCCCCUUUGUUUGGCCUACAGAUUCUUGAGAAUCAGCUGUGGCUUGGAUUCUGAGAAUCAGCUGCAGCCACAGCUUUUGAGAAUUAGAAGCUGGCCGUUUGGUUGCUUGGCUUCAGAAAAAUUAGAAGUGCUACGAAAUGUCUGCAACACCCCUGGAUCACAGCCACCAUCUGCCAUCCAGCGCCAGCAGCAGGGCAGAUGUAACAGCGCCGGGAACCUUGACCCGGUGAAUCAACAGGGAGACGAGGGAGGAGGGGCGGCGUAUAAUGGUUGAUCUAGGAGGGUGGUAUGGAUGGACCUACCGGUGGGGGUGGGGGCAGUGGAGAUGGGACUCGGGUAGCUAGGUGGAGGUCCGAUUGAGCCGCUUGGAUCCAUCUCCUUUGCCGCAGGUAGGAGAUUGGGGGCGGCACGGGCGCAGAAUGGGAACGGCGGCAAGGGUGGAGAUUGGGGGUGGCGGCGCAGAUGGAUGUAGGGGAUGGUGGUGCGCCAGAGCUCGUGGCUGUAGGGAGGAGCGUAGGUGCACGGAAUAUGGGAGGGGCCAACGCUAGAGAAGCAAAGGUGCCUGGAAUACAGGGGGGCGGCGGCGCUACAGGAGAUCCCACGUCUCUGUUCUGUUGGCUGGGAACUGGUGUGGGCAGUGGCAUUUCUAGCGUAAUAACGGGAAGAACUCGGUCUAUUCUAGAAUCAGGGUAAGUGACCGCUCGGGAAUCUUGGGAAUAAGCAAAUUCGCUGCUUCCGGAUUGCGCGUCGGCGUAGUUAAAUUUCCAAAGCCGAUUCUUGAAAGCUAAGAUAGAAAUCUGAGUGUUUGUUUGAGAUUCUGAUUUUGGAUGUGCUAGAAUCUGUGAAUCUGUAGCUAAAGCCCAAACAAAGGCCACCUUAUCAACAUCUUGGUUUGUAUCUGUUCUGGAUCUCCCUCUAUGGAGGGCCGUUUCUACAGAUUAGUUGUUGUUUUGAUUAACAUGCUGUAAUGCUUUUUAAUGUUUUGUUGAUACUACAAAUAUCUUUGUGUUAAUAUGCCUGCUGGUCGCGACCUAUUUAUUGUUUGAAUUAAAAGAGAAUUAUUGUUUGAGAUAUCUCUGCAUGCUUGUCCUUAAGUCGGGGCUAUCUGCAGGCAAUAUUUAAACACUCAACAACAGUAUUUAGUUUGUGUAUUAAAAGUUUUAUCAUCCGUCCUUGAUUAAUUCAAUUGAUUAAUUCAUCAUGCCUUGCAAGAUGGAAGUUCCUUUUGGUGACAUUCCUCUUUUCCUGGAGCCUAAUGAACAAGUCAGGAAUUAUGCCAUUCGUGCAAGUCGUCGCGCAGCUGGUGCCAAGGUGUCAUGGACUACCAACAUUCUGCCCCUGUCUGAAGUGUCAGACGAUAUCAUGAAUGAAGUUUUUCGUUGAGACCAUUGUCCGCAACCACAAUGGAGGGACAAGAAGAUUCUCUUUUAUUCUCAAUGGAGGUUCUACCAUUGACCAUGUUUGUGAUCUGAGCUUUUCUAAGCUGCGGGAGAAUGGGUGGUUGAGUUAUGAACCAUUUGGUUGCGUCUUUGAGACUGUGGAAGAUGCCCCUCUUCUAAUCCCCAGUGGUACUUUGCUUGGUGAGGUUUACUUGAGCAAUCCUAGUCCAAAUGGAACUGGGGUUGAACUAUGGGCUACAGUUGUCGAGGAAAGGAAGGGCUGUAAUUUCAUCAUUUCCCCCGGUGAUGAUUUCAUCCUGGGCAACUGGAUGACAGGAUUCAUGGCGCAGUGAUACCUUAGGAUUUUAGGUGGAUUCGUCUGUCAAAUCUAAUAUUCGUCCCUUGUUGAACAAGCAAUUGGUCAAAACUCUGCCUGCAACGACUACUGAACUCUAUUUUUGUCUAUCUGAAUUUUGUCAUGUAUGACUUUGGUAUGAUUUUUGGUUGGUUAUGCACUGAUCAUUGGUUGCUUGCUUGUUGAACAAGCAAUUGGUCAAAACUCUGCCUGCAAAAGUUUGUCAUCGUACCGCUCCUCUACUUUUGUUUAGGGUUAGAGAAUAGCUUUAUGAUCACCUAAAACAGCUCUGGCCACCGGCGUACAUCCACGUCCCAACCUGGGCUCAUUCACGUUAAA